AAACAGAAUCAAGAACUGCUUUCAGCUACAUUCGGCAUGUAUGUGAGAAAAUUUGGACACACACUUUCUCUCUCUCACACACACACACACGCACAGGUUUUAGGGUUGGCUGAUGCGUGGGUGGUUGAGUUGAGCUGAAGAUUUUUUUUCUCCUCUGAAAGGUUCAGCCUUUACCUAUGUAACUGCAAAGAAUUUGAGGCAGUUUACCCUGUCACAAACAAGAGCACUCACUGAAUCACUGAGUCCCAUCUGAACUGGAAAGUAAAUGAUGACAAGGACUGAAAGAGAGAGGGGCAGAGAAAGACAGAGCUAGUGAGAAAGCUAGAAGGAGAUAGAGACGGAGAGGGUCAACUUGGAGGUUGUGUCAGUCUGUUUAUCUGCUGAAGGGACAGGGAGUAAAGGAGAAGCAUUAGGGAAGCUAAGCGAGGGAAUAGGCGUGACAGAGAGACGGAUGGAGAGAGGUGGAAAAAAGAAGAAAGAGAAACAACUAUGAACCCUUCUGAACUGGAACAAGACCUCUAACAGCGAAAGAGAUAGAGUAUAAAAUGCAGAGCGUGACCAUAGAAGAUUGCCCAACUGCAACACAGGCCGGUGAUCCUCAAUGCGUGUGGGGUAAGCGUGUGAAGGUUGCUCUGGGCUUUGCCAUCUUGGCCACAUUGAUUGGGCUCGGACUGCACUCCCUCAUGUGCUGGUCAUUGGCAGCUCCUCCUGAAUGUCUCUCUCCGGCCUGUCUGGGGGCAGCAGGUCGCCUGUCGGCGGCGGUAGACCCUUUCGCUCGGCCGUGCGACUACUUCUUGUUUACCUGCGGAUCGCCUGGGGCAGCACGGGGCAGACAAAGAGGCAAGGGCAUUGUUCACCAUGGUAACAGCGGGGAGGCCGACAACUUGCAGAGAAGGGGAGGCAGAGGAGCGCAGACGGAGAGGAUGAAUGACACGCUGGAAGAUGAAAGCUUGCCAGACCGAGAGACACUGCUCCUACAGUCCAUUAGAAACAUACUAGAAACGUCUGAAGGGAGGGACUCUUUGGAGGCGAAGGCCAAGCGAUUCUAUCGCUCCUGCAUGAACACACGUGCCAUAGAGCGCCAGGGGUCAGAGCCCUUUCUCAAUCUCAUUCAACAGGUGGGAGGAUGGCCUGCUCUGGGCCUGUGGACUGAAACGGAUCUGAACUCCACUCUGGCCGUGUUGAUGGGCCAGUAUGGGACGUUCCCAUUCUUCAGUGUCUAUGUGGGCAGGGACCCCAACCAAGAUACUGACACGCCCUAUAUUCAGAUUGAUCAGCCUGACCUCCAGAUCCCCACACAGUGGGACAACCAGAGCCAGACAUCCAAAAGCCACCCUAGUGUGCGUGCCUUUGUGUCCACCUCCAACCACUUCCUGACUCUGCUGGGUGUCCCCGCCCAGUCCAGGGCCAUGCACAAGGGCCUGUACACCAUGCUGGCCUCCGAGCUGGCCGUCAAGACCUCUCCCCUCCACCACCGCCAGCAGGCCAACAUGCUCUACCGCAGACUCACCAUUGCAGAGUUGCAGACUCUGGCACCAGUCAUUGAUUGGCUAGGCUGUCUACAGGCGGCCUUUCACCCGCUGCACAUCAGCCAAUCACAGACUGUGCUUGUGCACAACCUGCCGUACAUGGUGCACAUGUCCGAGACCCUCAGCAAAUGGCUUCAGAAGAACCGAAUGAUGGGCAGGGAUCCCAUUCAGACCUACAUGGUUCUCAGCUUGCUGUACACGCUGCUCCCCGCCCUGGACUCCAGAUUCAGAGAAACACAGAGGAACUUCUCCGUGGCCCUUGGUAAUGUGGAAGAGGAAGAGCCACGUUGGAAGCACUGUGUGAGGAGGACUGAAGAGGGUUUUGACAGGCUACUCAGUCACAUGAUCCAAGGACAAGUUGCUCACAAAGAGGCAGACAGUCUGGUGAGAAAUCUUUACUCCUCUUUCCAGAAGAAGCUAGCUGAUCUGACACGGCGAGACCAGGAGUUUGGUACCAUUGUCCUGAAAAGGGUUAUGACUCUGACACCUCAAUUCUUCCCAAACACGACCACAGACAGACUCACACAACUAUACUCUGAGGUGGUCAUCAGUGAUGAGAACUACUUCUCAAACUACCUGCAGUCUCUCCUCCUUCAACGGCAGAGAAGAAACCAGCUCUAUAUGAACAGCCUCCAGCCUGACCUAAUGUCCAUAAGCCCUGUUCUCUCUGGGACAGAUGUAAUCUUUCCUACGGGGAUGUUCUUGCCACCUUUGUUCCAUCCAACAUAUCCAAGGGCACUGAAUUAUGGAGGACUGGGGUUCAUGAUGGCCAAGGACCUCCUUCACCUACUCCUUCCAGACUUUCACAACCAAAGUGAUAUUCCAGAGUCAGUAGGAGCGUGUGUGUGGUCUAAGUACAUCAGUGUGACAGAAGGCCACGGACGUGUGGGUGCGUUUGUGCUCUCCCCUCAUCAGAAGAUGGAGGUGUGGGUGCAUUACACUGCUCUGCAGGUGGCGCUAGAGGCCUACCAGAGCAGUUUACAGCAGCAAGGUAGUGACUCUGCUCUAAAGGGCAUGUUCCACACUCAUCUCUUCUUUACCUCCUUCUCACAGAUCAGCUGUGAUCCCUACCCAUACCGUCAGCUGGUGACCUUUGAACCCUCCUUCCUGGUGUCCGUCAUGUGUGCCAAGCCUGACCUUUGUCCAUCACGUAUGACCUGCCAGGGCGUACAGCUGGUUGGCACUGGAGAUGGCUGCUGAUGCUACAAGCAGCCUUACUGCCUCGGACAAGGCAAUAAUUUCUUUAAAUUGCCAUUUUCAGUUGGUGAUUAGCUGGUGACUCAGCUGAC